GUUUUGCUGAUUUGGGAAAAUAAAUACUAUGGAUCAGCUCGGAGUAUUGUUCGUAUUAUUGGGAAAAUUCUUCCUUUAGAACCUUGUCGAAGACCUAAUUUUGAGUUGAUCCCGCUCUUGAACUCUGCAGAGUCUGGUAACUGUAGACCUGUGGCUCCAUCUUUUGCUGAUGUUUUGUAUGUGGUGAAUGACGAAGAAGCCUGUUACCUGAGAUGUCGAAAUGACGUAUGGAGAAAUGAAGAAGAAAAAAUUGAAUUUUUCCAUCCUUCGCAACUAGUUUGGGAGCCACUGUCACCUGCUGUAAGACAGAACAAAACAGUGGAAAAUUCUCUGCCUGUGAGUGAAGCUGCAAUUAAAAAAAUAGCUGCCCUUGAAGAUGAGCUGGCCUUUCUUCGCUCUCAGAUUGCUGCAAUUGUGCAAGUGAAGGAACUGAGAAACAGAACAAAUUCUGAUUCCUUUGACACGAAUGAGGAGCCCAGCGGUAUGAGACAAGCGCCCCCACCAGGGGCUGCUCCGCUGAGUGUGGAACCAGAUGAGUUGCCAAGAUCGGUGCUUUCUCCUCCUCCUCCUCCACCUCUUCCUCCUCAGUUUUCUUCUCUUCAGCCUCAGUGUUUUCCUCCCAUACAACCAGGAUCUACUGAUAUUUGUGGCUCCCAUAAUCCAGCAGCUGAAAUGACAGAGCAGCAAGUGGUUAGUAAGACCACUUGUAAUCAUUCACAGAGUCAGAGGAAUGAUGGUAUUCCGAACAUGCUGGAUGUUCUAAAGGACAUGAAUAAGGUUAAGCUUCGGGUUGUUGAACGGUCACCUGGUGGUAGACCCAUUCAUAAGAGGAAAAGACAGAGUUCACAGUGGGAUCCAGUGUCAUUAAUAUCACAUGCGCUUAAGCAGAAAUUUGCAUUUCAAGAAGAUGAUUCCUUUGACAAAGAAGAUCGAUCUUGGGAGUCUUCUCCAUUUUCUAGUCCAGAAACUUCAAGG